AUGACGGGGAAGCAAGGCGCCUUGCUGUCGGAAACUUUCAACCCAUCCAAAAUGUCACUGGGCGGAAACGGAGGAGCCGUGAACGGGCAUCUGUUGAAGAGCACCGCCACGCACCCUCCGAAAUGCACGGGCUUCGGGAUCCAUGAGAUACUGGGGCUGAAUAAGGAGCCCUCCGUGCCCCCCGUUAGCCCGCUGCAGGCUCUGCCGCCCGGUGCGCAUCUGCUGGCUGCUCGGUCCAUGCUGGGCCCGGCCGCCGUGGGCGUCGGGAUGGGACUACUCGGGCCCGGCGGGAUCCCGUCCUUCUACAGCCAGCCUGCGUUUCUGGAAGUGCUGUCGGACGCACAAAACGUUCACCUGCAACCCCACCAUAGAUCACUGGGACGGCUGGACGUGGGCCAGUCCACUGCCAGCUCAGAUUCGGAGGAUUUCUCUUCCAAUGAACGAAAGAUCUCCAAGUCUUCCAUAAAUCAGAGCAAGAAACGCAAGAAAAGACGGCACCGGACCAUAUUCACCUCGUACCAGCUGGAGGAGCUGGAGAAGGCCUUCAAUGAAGCCCACUACCCUGAUGUUUACGCCCGGGAGAUGCUGGCCAUGAAGACAGAGCUCCCUGAGGACAGGAUACAGGUGUGGUUCCAGAACCGCCGGGCCAAGUGGAGGAAGCGGGAGAAGUGCUGGGGCCGCAGCAGCGUCAUGGCGGAGUACGGCCUGUACGGUGCCAUGGUCCGCCACUCCAUCCCCCUCCCCGAGUCCAUCCUCAAGUCGGCCAAGGACGGCGUCAUGGAGUCCUGCGCCCCCUGGCUGCUCGGGAUGCACAAGAAGUCCAUGGAGGCCGUGGUGCCCCCGCCGUCGGGCCUCAAACCGGACCACCCCCAGCAACCCGCCCUCACCCCAAUCCCCACCACCCCCGCCGCCGCCGCCGCCAUGGCUCUGGCUCAGCGGGCCGACGGCAGCGACGGCGAGGACAAGCGCCCCCCGGAGAGCGAGCGCUCCCCCAUCUCCAAGGAGGAGCUGAGAGAGAACAGCAUCGCCGCACUCAGGGCCAAGGCCCAGGAGCACAGCGCCAAGGUGCUGGGGUCGGCCUCCUGCGACAGGGCACCACCGGAGGGCCAGGACGAGAGGCCGGCCCCCGCCCCCGAGGAGAGCCCCAGAGACCCUUUGAGCCCAGCGAAGGACACCCAAGGUCCCUAG